AUGACUUUAAUAACGAUCUGGGAAGACUUUGAGAAAUCAGCAGAAAUGUUAUAUUUAAGUGAUCCGCUUAACACUCGGUAUAGUCUCAAAUAUUCACAUUCCAAAGGAAUCGUUAUAGUUAAAAUUACGGACAACAAAAAGUGUCUCCUGUACAAAACAGAAGUUCAACAAGAUGUUAGAAAGAUAGAUAACUUUAUAUCAAAUUUAAUACGACACAUGGCAUCCAAUGAUAACUAG